ACUUACAAAGCAUCAAUUCCUGUUUUUUUGCCACCAGCUAUCUGUUUAAAAGUUAAAAAAGAACGUUGCAAUCAACAGCCGUGCUAACAUUGAUAUCAUUACAAAGACUUCCUGUAUUUUCAGUUAGAUACUUUUUGGUGACAACUUCGUGCUAACUUAAGGUCACCCACCCGUGUAUUCCAUCGAAUCUAAAAUUAAUUCCUUCCCCCGAUUAGCAAUCAUGAACGAGUCUUGGCUGGGAACGAUGGUAGCGCUAAAUGUGGUCGUUUUCCUUGGUUUGAAGACCGCUCUGGCUCUGUACUGUCCGGCUGAGUGCCGAUGCUACACUGAUGCGAUACGCCGGAAACAGGUUCGAUGUGAGAAAGGAGGUAUUCAUAUACCGAAUUCAUUGGACAUCCAGUCAAUCGAUAGCGAUACGGAGGUACUGGUAGUCUCUGGCUCCUGGAAUAAUCACAAUACUUUUCUCCUCGAACCGGAAAUGUUUGCGGGAAAGGGUCUCAAAGAGAUCCACCUAUCUUUUUCCAAGCUAGAGCACAUUGGAGAAUCACCGUUCCGCCAUGUGCACCGCACUCUAGAGGUGUUGAAUCUCACGCAUAACCAACUGCGCUAUGUCGUGGAACAGAAUUUCGGUGGGCCCAAAGUGCCACCUGCAGUCCAACUAACCCACCUCCACUUGGAUUACAACAAUAUUGAACCAAUGUUCACGGGCCAGUUUAAGUAUGCAAAGGCCUUACGAGUCUGGACAAUGUCGCACAAUCACAUCCGUGAGAUGGUGCCUCGCAUGGCUUACCCGUUAGAAAAUCUGGAAGUACUGGAUUUAAGCUUCAAUCCUUUGGGCGACCGUUUUGCCGGUUUUCCCGUUAACGUCAACCGGGAACCGCUGCCCAGCACAAUUUUCGCCGAUAUGCCGAAUUUGAAGGCCUUGCGGCUAGUUAACACCAGUUCGGAGUCGAUGCCGUGGGCGGCCAUGGGUGAAGGCUCACCGCAACUGCGGGAGCUUGACCUUUCGGAUAAUAAUAUCAAACAUCUCGGGGCCAGUGAUUUUUCGCUGAAUAAGGCACUGCAAGCGGUCAAAUUAUCCAACAAUCCUAUCAAAACCAUUGACUCCGGCACUUUUAGUGGAUUAUCACUGCAGUAUUUGCAUCUCACUGGAAUCCGUGCUGGAGCACUAUUGCCGGGAGUUUUCUCGAACGCCAAUGUUUCAUUUCUUGACAUCAGCAACACCAGUCUGUCUUCGUUCAGCCUGGAAACAUUUGGCCCGCUUGCAGCGGAUUUGAACACCCUGGAUAUUAGUGCUAAUCCGCAAAUUAAACUUCGGCCCAAGAUGUUCGCCCCGUUUUCAAAGUUGAAAAAUUUAAGCAUGGCAGGAACAAUUAAAGGUCAAAUACCCGAUGAUUUCUUUGCGUAUCCCAACGUUUUGCAAAACCUGGAUCUGUCGCGAAAUAAAUUAGGUAAACUGAGCGACGAAUUCUUCAGUCAGACCAAAGACCUGAUUAAUCUAAAGCUGGGAUCCAGUCAGCUGACCGCCAUCCCGUUGAGUGUGCAAAAUCUUUCCAAAAUCCAAGCCAUUAGUUUUCGCAACAAUCGUAUAUCCGUUUUUCCGGAAAGUGUGCUCAUGGCCUUUACGAAUUCCCAGGCACUGGGAGCAUUGCGACUAAACCUCAACCCGUGGCAGUGUGAUUGUGCGGCGCUCCCGCUGAUCCGCUGGUUGACCCAGGAAAAGGGACAUCAAAUUGUUUGUACCGGAACCGGCAAUGCUACGUGUCCGUUGUGCGAAACACCCGAUGGGCUGAAGGGGGUACCGUUGGACCGUGCGUUAGUCAUGAUUGAUGCCUGCACAACUACCACUACUAGUACAUUAAGUCCGCUUUUUGACGUCAGUGUGGAUAACAGUACGGUUAUGUGGAAUUCAACGGGCGCAGUCGGCAACUUAACAAUGGUGGCUGAUUCGGGUGUUCUCGUGAAGAGCAGCGGUGGCAUCAUUGUUUUUUUCUUGGGCGUUCUAUUAGCCGGUACCGGCAUAAUGUCUUACGAUUAGAUACGAGUAUAUACACUAGCAUUAGUAAGACUCGUAGUUCAAAAGUAGAUUCUUUUUAAUUUUCUGUUAUCACGUUCUCUGUCGCAGUGCAGACUGUUUUAAAGUAACGAAUCUGUUUGUCAUGAUAAAAAAUCAUAAUUAAACAAGGUAUGUUAACGAAUUUUUUCAGAAUUUUGACACAGAUGCUUUUAACGCUACAUGCAGCUGAAGUUCUCGAACGCUGGUGAUGGUAACUCAAAACUGAUGUUAUGUACAACUCAUU